UGCUUCUGUAUCUAUCAUAUCGGAAAUUUCCAAAUUCCAAAUUGGACAAUUCACCACCCAAACUCGUCUUCUGUGGUUAACAAAGCCCAUCUUCUUAAAUUUUCUGAAUUUCUUGUAAUCUCUCAUCGAUCAAAUUUCUGAGAAUCAACUACAAGAGAAAAGUUUCGAUUUUUUUUCCUGGGUUUACGGGUUUUUUUUUUCAACAAUGUCCAUUCGUUUGAGCUCAAGCCUCAUUGCUGCUUCAGUCAAUUUCAAAAACUCGAAGAAUCUGUACAGUAAUCGAUCUCGGAACUGCAGAUUCUCCGUCCGUAGUUGCGUGUCUGAUUCUCACAAUGCGCAAAAGCUAGUUUUGGAAGUAAAAGAACGGCUUGCAAAAGAUUGUACCAGUCUCCCAAUUGGCAAAAACGGAAGAGAUGAUGAGGAAAUGAUCCUCUGGUUUUUGAAAGAUCGGAGAUUCUCAGUUGAUGAAGCUAUUGGAAAGCUAACCAAAGCUAUCAAAUGGCGUCACGAGUUCAAGGUACAUGAACUAUCUGAAGAUUCUGUCAAACCUGCAGCUGAUACGGGAAAAGCCUAUGUCCAUUGUUUUCUAGAUGUAAAAGGUCGACCAGUGGUCAUUGUAGCUCCCGCAAAGCACAUCCCCGGGCUGCUUGAUCCAAUAGAAGAUGAAAAGCUUUGUGUCUUCUUACUUGAAAAGGCUUUAAGUAAGCUACCAGCAGGACAACACAAGAUACUUGGGAUAUUUGAUCUCCGUGGGUUCGGAUCUCAGAACGCAGAUCUUAAGUUCUUGACUUUUCUGUUUGACGUAUUUUACUACUACUAUCCAAGCCGAUUGGAUGAAGUGCUUUUCGUAGAUGCUCCAUUCAUAUUCCAGCCAAUUUGGCAAUUCACCAAACCGGUGGUGAAGUCAUAUGCCUCUCUGGUUAAGUUUUGUUCAGUAGAGACCGUGAGAAAGGAGUAUUUCACCGAGGAAACAUUACCGUCAACUUUCGGAAGCUAAAGAGGUUAUAGGAGAACUUUAAAACACUAGUGUCUUCUUCUGUUGUUGUCUCUCUAAAUAUGACAUGACUAUAUAAGUGUGUAUAGAUAUUUAAACUAUGGAUUAAAGUGAAACCUUAAUAGUAAGAGAACUCAUUGUAAAA